AUGCUCUCGAAGGGGAUCCACCACUCACCAGGAUAUCCGCAUUUUUAUCACAGGCAGCUCAGUGGCUCUUGCGCACGCAGCUGGAAUCUCCCGUCAUCCUCAUCUCCAUCUUCUCCGUCCGAUCUAGCCAAACUGGACGAUUUUCGCCGGCCUAGGUCCGUAGCGCCUCAGAGUACAGCAGCUCCCACACCCGCCAUUUCAGCUUGGUCUGCUGGUGUCCCACACCCUGGCUCUGCGUAUAACGCUCCCGGAAGCCUAAGAUCGAGCAUCAGCACAAACGAGGGACAGCACCAUCUGCCCGUGUUGCACACCAUUCCUGCUAUCGCCAGAACGCCAUUCCCGUCCGAGCUGAUCCCGCCCGACAGUGAACCGAGGGGACUCCCUGCAUCCGGACUCCUGCGCAGCAGAAACCCCGAACAAGCCAGUUCUGACACCCCACGAGCCUUGAGAGACUCAUCACAAUCGAUGCAUCCCGGAUCAGUAGCCUAUUUGACAUCAAACAUGGCACAUAAUUCACAGAACUAUGGCUGGCAAAAUCGGCUGCCUCAACCUCUUCAUCCCUCCUCCAUAUCAAUGGACCAGCAUCCAUUUCCCCCAGCACAAGUUCUUCCGCCACAUCCGAGUUAUCCAGCUGGCUAUCCCCCCCAGCCUUCCGGUUCCCAGAGCUAUUAUCAACCAGGGCUUCCUUCGGCACAAUAUCUGAUGCCACAAAGCCGGCAACAACCUCGAAGCACCUCAAUUCCAUAUUCGUAUCCCAGCAGUUCCGUCUCGGGCAGCCCGCCAUCAAUUCCAGAUCCAGCAUUCGCGCCGGCACCAUCGUCCUACCUUACAAACCAACCGGACUACUACAUGGCACCGAGCUCUUCCCUAUCACAAACCCCUAACUCGAUACCACAUCCGCAAGGUCUUAUGCCUACAGGGACAGUUUACUCGUCGCCCGAGUCCGUGCAAACCUCUUCGGAUCCGGAACAACAGCAAGUUCGUGUCAUCAGCUUUCGGCCAAAACCCCAAUGUUGGGAUCACGGAUGCAAUGGCCGCGAAUUCUCCACCUUUAGCAAUCUUCUACGCCACCAGCGAGAGAAAUCGGGCGUUGUAGCGAAGGCAGAAUGUCCCAGCUGUGGUGCUGUUUUUACUCGGACCACCGCCCGAAACAUUCACGUCGCUCAGGGGAAGUGUAAGGGCAUCGCACGUGAGCCGUCGGCUGAGUGA